ACUGCUUACUUGCUUACUGAAAGACACAUCUUAGGUAAAUUAGUGUAAUUUGAGGAGAGUACAGUACUUUUGGGAAAGUUAAACCGAGCAAGGAGGUGGCAUCCACUGUGGACUUUAGAAGACGGCUGUGGGAGUGAGGAGAUGGGGAUGGGAUGUGGGAUGGUAGGGAGUGUCAUGAAAUUUGAGGAAAGGGCAAAGUCGAUGGAAUACCAGGUUCUGAGACUAUCACCCCUGAUAUCCAAGCUGCUACAAAAGGAUGUAGACCAAGAGUCCCAGAUGAGAGCAGAAAUACAAACCAUGAAACAAGAUCUCUCAGCUAUUAGCAUGAUGGAUGAAUUUGCCAGAUAUGCCAGACUUGAACGAAAGAUUAAUAAAAUGACUGAUAAGCUUAAAACUCAUGUAAAAGCACGAACAGCCCAAUUAGCCAAAAUUAAAUGGGUCAUAAACAUCGUUUUCUACAUUUUGCAGGCUUUAUUGAUGAUUUCACUUAUUUGGAAGUAUUAUUCUGAUCCUGUGACUGUGCUGCCAAGUAAAUGGAUAGCUCCAUUAGAACGCUUAGUGGCAUUUCCUACUGGAGUGGCAGGUGGUGUUGGAAUUACUUGUUGGCUUGUCGUCUGCAACAAAGUUGUGGCUAUCAUGCUUCACCCUUUUAGCUGAAAAGAAAAAAGAAUAAACUCCAGGACUUUAAAUCACUUUUCCAGUAUUAGAAUUUAAAAUGUUUUAAAUUAUUUCCUUUAAAACAUAGCCUUUUCUGGAAUUUAGGUGUACCAUGGCUAAGAAAAAAUUGUUUAUAACUGUUGUAAUUGAACCAAAAAAGUCUUUUUCUGAAUAUUCAUACACAUCAGUAAGUACAGUAUUAGUUUGUUUUGCUUAAUAAGAAAUAUACAAGGUCAUGGUGGCAUUUACGAGAUAUUUAAUGUGAUUUAGAAGUGAUUUUUUAUUUGCUACUACUGUCAGAAAACUAGAUGCUUUUAAAUAGCCAUAAAAGCACUAUAAAGUAUUAUUUUAAAUUUUCAUUUGGCAAUAAAGCAGAUAAAUCUUAGUAAUACCAGUACUAAAACAUGAAAUUUAUUUUUUUAAUCUGGUCCUACAAAAUGUAUUCAUUAAUGUCAAAAGCAAUUCUUAUUACUGACAGAACUCCACUUUCUAUUGUGGCAGUCAUUAGUGUUAAAUCUUUGCUUAUCUGUCUUUUCUCGAAGAUGUAAACACAGUAGAUUAACUGUAACUCUAGCCCACUGUUAAAAACUAUUAGGUUUUUUCAUUUUUAUAAAUGUUUGCCAUUUGUUGUUUUGUGCAUGAAUUACUUUUGUAUGUGAAACCUUUUUGAAAUUUAUCUAAAUAAUUACAUUUAGUCUGAAUUUAAUAUUUAUGCUCAUGAAAUAGCCUUGUUCUAUUAAAAAAAUUUAAUUGAGAUCUGA